AUCGAGUUUUAAUUGGUAGAGUGCGGAUCGUGUGUCAAUGAUGAAAAUCAUUCUGGAAAUACUUGUUACAAUAUUUUUUGUAACCACGUUUUUCAGUACAGUUGAACCAAAUCCAGCUCAGCCUGUUUUAAGUAUUCAUCAAGCUUAUGCUGCAAUGAAACAAAAUGACUCCAUUGACAUUGUUUCGAGAAUUGUUAAUGGACAGUUAGCCGUUGAUGGUCAAUUCCCACAUCAAGUUAGGAUUGUAUUCUAUGGAACUCUUGAUUGUGCUGCUAAUAGGAAGCUUUGCGGUGGAAGCAUUAUUGCAAAGAAUUGGAUUCUUACAGCAGGUCAUUGCGUAUUUCCAGACUUAUUAGAUACAAUUUUUGCCUUUGAAAUUCAAGCUGGAUCAGUUAUAGCAGACCAACCUCAGCAGCGAAAAGUUGUUCUUGUAGCUAAUGCUUUUCCCCAUCCAGACUACAAUCCAGAUACCUUAGAGAAUGACAUCGGCCUCUUAAAAGUAGACAUUGGCUUCAAUUUUGAUACUCCUUUAGUACAACCAAUUGCCUUGGUGGCUGCUAACACUGAUAAAGCAUCUUAUGUGGGCAAAAUUGUUACUGCUUCCGGUUUUGGAUACACUCAUCCUGAUGAUCAACAUUCAUCACCUGAAUUGUACUACACACAGCUUGAAGUUAUUGAUUUUGAAUUGUGCAAAACUUUGUACGCUGAUCAAGCUCAAGCACAUAACGAAGAAGACGGUGGAAUAGCUGAUACAUCUUUUUGUGCCAAAGGCCUUGGAAACAGUUCUACUUGUGAAGGGGAUUCCGGUAGUGCAGUUUUCCUUGAGAAAAAUGGCGAAACUGGCAAAAGAAUCCAAAUUGGUCUGGUUUCAUAUUCAAGCGCUUUAGGAUGUAACACAUUACCUGGAGGCUACACAGACGUAGCUCUCUACAUCCCAUGGAUAGAAGAAACGAUGAAAGCUAAUAGCUACAAAAUGUAAAAACUAUCAUAACGAAACUUCAAAACUACAGACAAUAAAUUAUCUGAAUUGUCAGUUUCAGUUAGCUGUGUUUCUUUCAGACACAGCUUUUGUGUACCGAGCAAAAUCGAAAGUCGUCAGAUCGGGCUCAAACUUGGGAUGAGCACGAAUUAGGGUCCCCACAUUCCAAAAAACGUAUGCGCCAAAAAAU